AUGGAGAGCACGCUAUCAUCUGAAAAGAUCAGAGCACAUAAAGGUGCAAUUACCCUCGCUCUUGGCGAAAGAGACAACGGUAGCGACGAAAGAAGACUCCAGGUCCGAGAAGAAGCUGGGCGCGACAGCAACAACAAUGAAGGAUAUGCAGACAAAAGAAGGACGGCUGUGAUUGUCUCGACCACAGAACCCCAGUAUACCCCUGCGGCCAAGAGUUCAAGCGUAUCCGAUCCAGAGGGGAAGCCACGUGUCUCUCACUCAUCCAAUAUUGCUGGGUCCAAGGAUCCGCUCCCGCCAGAACCGCGUCCGGUCCAUUUCAGUGAACGAGUCGAUACAGAUAGACAAGCACGCGAAGAAGACCAAUACCAUAUCCGCACCAGGAGAAGAAGGCCCAUCACAGCCGAAAAGGACAAGCGAUAG